CAAUACACACAAUCCUCAGUGUGGAGAGCCCUUACUGGAGGACACAAAUCUUGUAGCAGUCACAGACUGCUCUCAGCUCUCUCUACACGUCCACACUGAACCUUCCGGCAUCUUUACACGCAUAUCAGGAUCUUUGUCUCCAGGUGCUGAAUUCUGUGGAGGGGUCCGUAUGGAGGCUCUUUCACAGGGACACACUGUUGUUACAAUCACAGUUGUAACGGAGGCAUGCAACAUCAGUGAGACGACAACACUGGUGGCCUACAGCCCUCUUAAAUCGCUUGCUUCUGAGGUUCUUCUCUCAGUGGGCUCAUCUCGUGUGGUUAUAUUCGAGGGGGGGCCUCAGCCCUGGCCCUCGGCCCCCUUCCAUUUCUAUAGUGACAUUGAGGUGCAUCCAAUAGGGAGUGUUACCGUGGAGGCACUGAGUCCGACCGAAUCAAGGACACCUCGACAUGCGUAUCGGGUCGUGUGCACCGCCGUGGGAAAACAGUGGUUGGUCUUCAGGUGUGGUAAUACUCCAGGUCCGUUCAACAAGAUUCCCGCAGUCGAGGAGAGCAGAGUUCAGGUGGCAUGUGGCAUUCCCGCUAGUCUCUCUCUCUCUCUUCUCUCGUCGACCACUUCCUCCCCAUCCUCACCUUCAUCCAUCCCUCUGUACUCCCAUCACUAUUCCUGCACUCAGCCUCAGUACCCCUGUGGACUGUUAUCUGUGUCCAGCACUAGGGAUGCUACAUUGCAGUUGUCUGUGUUUGACCAAAAGGGGGUGCAGUUUGAUAAUUUCACUUCCUGUUCAGUGAGGUGGACCUCCUCUGACCCUGGUCUCCUCUCACUGGGGCCCCAGUCCACAAUGACAGCGGCUGACAGACCAACUCAGACAGGCUACAAACUACAUGCCUGGCAGGUUCUCCAAUCCCACAGACAGACAGGAACCGUGACUGUCAAUGUCACUGUUACAUGUCCAGAGAUGGUGACAGCUCCAGCAUCUCAGUGUGUGAAUCUGCGUUUGGUAGAUGACGUACAGUGGGCCAGACACUCUGUCACUUUAUUCAACCAUCCAAAAGUCACAGUGAGCAAAUUCAUCCCUCUCCAUCAUAUUUCAUCUGGCCUGUUUUUUAUUGUAUUUUAAUGACUUCUUGGUCAAUCCAUUCAUCUCUGUAGGAAAAUCUGACCUUGAUCAAUGGUUCAGGUUACUUUCAUGUCCAUCUACAAGACAACCAAUUGGCCAGCAUUAACCACAUGACGAAAACAAAUAUAUUACAGGUGGGAG